CGUCACUCGAACUGACAAGUAAGCUGAAGCACAACAUAAACAAACACAGCGACGUCGGUGUUCCGGGGACGGGGUACAAGCAUGUAAUCGGGGGCUUAGUGAGGACAAAGACAAGACUUUCCAUUGGUCUCUGCAACAUCUGAGGACCGAAGCAAUGGAGUCUUCCUCUGACGAAGAGGAGGUGUGCACCUUGAUUCAAGUCAUCAGUGAGAAGUACAACCAGGAUAACUUUCCCUAUGGCCAAGGUCUAGUUGUCCUGCCGAGUCCUCCUGGCUCCCCCAUCAAAGAUCGCCUGUUCCUGCCCAGCUCGCUGGUUCUGAACGACUGUGGAAUAAAUAAAGCUGGCGACAGUGCAGACAUCGCAGCCUUGUGCGGUCAUGUGAUUGAGCUGGACCUUUCUUAUAACCAGCUCAACGACUGGGGAGAGAUCUGCACCGUAGUCGCCAACAUCCCUCACUUGGACUUCUUAAAUUUAAGCUUCAACCCACUGAGCGGCGUAAAGCUGGAGCCCAGCAUGGCAGAGGUCUUCUCCAGGGUCCGCCGACUGGUUCUGAUCAACACUCAUGUGACCUGGGAAACCGUGCACAUGCUCACUCAGAACACCCCGGAGCUGACGGAGCUUUUCUUGUGCCUGAAUGGCUUCAACACUGUACUAGAAUCCUCAAAGUCCUGCCCAUCGCUGCGCCUGCUGCAGAUCACUGAUAACCAGCUGCAGGAUUGGUCGGAAGUUCGCAAGUUCGGCCUGAUGUACCCCAGUCUCCACACGCUGGUCCUGGCCAACAACUGCCUGGAUUGUGUGGGCGACUCCCCGGAAAUGCUGCAGCGGCUUUUCCCGAACCUGCAGAGCAUCAACCUCAACAACUCAGGUCUUAGCAAGUGGAAGGAUAUUGAAAGAUUAAGUUUCUUCCCAAAGUUGCAAAACGUCAAAGCCAGGGGGAUUCCAUUGUUGCAGCGCUACACGAGCCAGGAGAGGCACAGCCUCCUUUUAGCACAGCUGCCUUCUGUUGUCAUGUUGAACGGGACUGAGGUGUUGGACGGAGAGCGAGAGGACGCUGAGAGGUUCUUUAUCAGGUUCUACCAGGACUGUCCGGAGAAAGAGCUUCCUGAGAGGUACCACAGCCUGGUGUCCAAGUACGGACAGCUGGCCCCGCUGGUGGAGGUGGACCUGCGCCCCCGAAGCACAAUGGUAGACGUUCGAUUCGGCGACAGGGUGGAGCCAGUCAGCCUCCGUCUGGAGCAGACGGUGGGCGACCUGAAGAAGCACCUGCGAGCCUUGCUGCAGCUGCCGACCAACGGCAUCCGGCUGUUCUACAUCAGCCCGGGAAUGUGCUCCGUUUUGGGACCCGAGGAGCUGAAGUGCGGCUGCCGCGCGCUCCACUCCUACGGCAUCCAGGACGGGGACGAGAUCCUCGUGGUCCUCAAAGUGAAAAACCGCUGCAGCUCCUCCAAUAUAAUGUUCAGGUCGGACUGCACGGUCGCCCUGCUCUAUGUCUUCAGCAUCUUCACUCACACAGAAGCUGGUUCUCAUGAUAUCCUGUACCCAUAUGGCCCAGCUCAUAGGGACCUAGAGACCCCCAAGAUGGACGAUGGGAGUUCCCCUGAAAUCACUUUACUCAUCCCCUUUGUCUUCUUCAACAUUCCAUACCGCUCCAUUUAUGUCAACAACAACGGUGUGAUUUCGUUCAACGUCCAGGUCAGCCAGUUCACACCUGAGGCUUUCCCUCUGAGCGACAGCCGGUCGUUCAUCGCCCCGCUUUGGGCCGACGUGCACAACGGCAUCCGCGGGGACGUGUUCUACAGAGAGUCCACCGAGCCGGAAAUUUUGGAAAGAGCAACACAUGAUGUUAGGAAGUACUUCAAAAAUAUGCCAGACUUCUCAGCCACCUGGACUUUCAUUUCAACCUGGCAUCAAGUCACCUUCUAUGGCGGCAGUCAGACAACCCCGGUGAACACAUUCCAAACUGUACUCAUCUCAGAUGGCGUGGCCUUCUUCAGUAUGUUCAACUAUGGUGAAAUCAUAUGGAGCACAGGGACAGCCAGUGGGGGCGAUCCUCUGACGGGACUCGGUGGUACCACGGCUCAGUCAGGCUUCAAUGGUGGAGAUGUUGGGCACUUCUUCAACCUCCCAGGGUCUCGGUCAAAUGACGUUGUCAACAUUGAGCAGACAACCAAUGUCAAUGUUCCGGGGCGCUGGUUCUUCCGUAUUGACACUGACCUCAUUGAUCCUGCCAACGGCUGCAGCUACAAUGGUCGCUAUUACAGGCGAGGAGAAAUCUUCUGGCUCUCUGACCAGUGCUCACAGCGAUGCCGCUGUCUUGACAUAGACAAUGAGGUCCAUUGCCUGGAGGCCCCUUGUGGCCAGUUGGAGACCUGUGAGCAGCACGACGGGGCCUUUUACUGCCAGCCAACUCGCACAAGCACUUGCGUCGUAUUCGGUGACCCUCACUACCACACCUUCGAUGGCUUCCUCUAUCACUUCCAAGGCACUUGCUCGUACCUGCUUGCCCGACCCUGCUGGGAGGUGGCGGGACUUCCUUUCUUCAGCGUGGAGGCCAAAAACGAGAACCGUGGAGCUGCUUCUGUUUCUUGGCUUCGGGAUGUGACCGUGGAAGUAUACGGCCACAGAGUCAUGUUGCCCAAGGGCGGAUUUGGGACAGUCAAGGUGGACGGACUGUUGAAGACAUUACCAAUCCAACUUCAGCUUGGUGCCAUCAGAGUUUACCAGUCUGGAGUGGCUGUUGCUCUUGAAACAGACUUCGGCUUGUUGGUGACAUAUGAUGGCCAACACUACGCGUCCAUCUCGCUCCCCAGCUCCUACUUCAACAACACAUGUGGCCUUUGUGGCAACUACAACGACGACCCCGCUGAUGACCCCGUCCUUCCUGACGGAUCUUUAGCUGAGAGCGUGGUGGAAUUGGGCGGUAGCUGGAGGGCGGAUGACCCGGACUGGAGGUGCACGGAUGGUUGCAUCCAGAACUGCAGCGUUUGUGAUCCACAAAUCGAAGCCUUUUACUUUCGCCCCGACUACUGCGGGCUCAUCAACAAAACAGACGGACCGUUUCGAGACUGCAGGGCCGUGGUGGACCCCACAACCUUUGUUUACAGCUGUGUUUAUGAUAUGUGUAGCAACAGGGACAAUAUCACCACACUCUGCCAGGCCAUCCAAGCGUACGCCCUGGCGUGCCAGGCGCUGGGUGUCACAAUCCGACCUUGGAGAUCUCGAAACUUUUGUGUUUCAGCUUUGUCUUGCCCCGAGUUCAGCACUUACCAGGUUUGCACCAGCGCCUGUCCAGCCUCCUGCUCGGACCUGACUGCCCCCUUGUACUGCGCUCAUCCUUGCACUGAGGGUUGCCAGUGCGAUCCAGGCUUUAUUCUCAGUGGCAGCCGCUGUGUUCAGCGUAACGACUGCGGGUGCGAGCACAACGGCCUCUACUACCCUCUUAACGCCACUUUUUGGGUCGGCCCCAGUGGUGAAGAAGGCGAAUGCACUCUGCGUUGCACCUGUGGACCUGCUGGAGAAGUCUCCUGCUUUAAUGAGUCUUGUAAGGAGGGUGAGGUGUGUGUCGCAGAGGUGGGCCUGCUGGGUUGCUACCCUCGAAGGGAGGGAGUGUGUUCGGUCACGCAGAAUUCCGUGACCGCGUCCUUUGAUGGAGCAUUCCUGCUCUUCCCAGAUGACAGCUCCUACUACUUGCUAAAGCUAUGCGGCCCUGUCCCAGCUAAUGGCUCAGUCGUGGAAGUUAAAAUAGGCAGACGGCUGGUAAAUAAAGGACCCAGUUGGAAAAGACCAGUGGUCGUUUCAGUGGCUAACCUCGAGGCUCAGGUUGGGGGUCUCGAUUUUGACACAAUAAAGGUAAAUGGUGAGCCAGUGGUUCUUCCUUAUGUUCAUCCAAUGGAGUUGAUGAUGAUCUACAAGGCACCUGGUAACGCCACUGUGGUGGAGUCCCGUGGUCUGAUCCGAGUCCACUACACGCGCCAAGGGUUCCUCAACAUCUCCCUUUCAACAAUCUUCUACAACGUCACUUGUGGAUUAUGCGGCGUCUUCAAUGGCAACGCCAGCGAUGACUACCGUCUCCCUAGCGGACGUUUGGCGGAAUCUACCGAGCAGUUCACCGACGGCUGGCGCUCCAUCGCGGACGACCUCACCUGUAAUGGAGACUGCGAUGACUUGUACAGAAUGUGCACCGACCUGCGGCUCUACCAGAGCCCUUGGAUGUGUGGGAACAUCAACGACCCUGGGAACAGUUCCUUUUUGGCAUGUCACACCGUCGUCAACCCUUCGCCUUUCUUCCGGAACUGCUUGUACAACAUGUGCGUGAAGGAUGGAAACCGUUCGGCGCUCUGCUCUUCUUUGCAUGCUUAUGCCACUGCCUGUCAGGAUGCACAAAUAGGCCUCACUUCCUGGAGGAGUGCCACCAACUGCCCUCUUCCAUGCCCUGAGAACAGCCACUUCGACGAGUGCACCACUGCAUGCCCUCUGACCUGCUCUAAUUUGGAUGAGCCGGAGGCACCGUGUCCCCUCCCAUGCCAGGAGGGAUGUCAAUGCGAGGAUGGGUUUGCGUUGCGCGACGGACUCUGCAUAUCACGCAGCGAUUGUGGCUGCACAAGCCAGGGUCGCCUCCUUGCGACCAAUCAGACCUUCUGGACCGACUGGGAAUGCACGGAGCGCUGCUACUGCAAUGGGUCUGACAACAGUGUGUACUGUCAGCUUGUGCCUUGCCAACCUGAGGAGUACUGCCAGGAGGUGGAUGGCCUGUAUUUCUGCCAGCCACGGACCGAGGCUCUAUGUGUGGCAGCUGGUUAUGGACACUUUCUACCAUUUGGUAGUGUUCCAUUUGAGCUGCAGAGCUCGUGCACUCUGAGGAUGGCCACCACUGACUGUGGAAGAGGAAGCUGGAAUGCUGCUGUUAACAACGGAGUUUUCCCUCAGUUUAAAUUGGCGGCUCGUAAUGAGGAGAGGGACACGGGUCAGGCCAUAUGGGUGAGGGGCUUUGUGCUGGAGGUGUACGAGUAUGAAAUUGAAGUGUCGCGGAGCUACAAAAACACAGUCACGGUAAACAAGGAGCGUUUGCACGUCCCUCUCAAGCUGGGUUCUGGAAAAGUCAACAUCUUUUCUUCUGGAAUGCAGCUCAUCCUGGAGACAGACUUUGGACUCAAGGUGGCGUUUGACUGGAACACUCUUCUCCUCUUGACUUUACCCCGAGACCUCUAUAACAUGUCCUGUGGCCUCUGCCAAGGUCUGCCGUUGUCCACAUCCACUAUCACCCCCACUGAGUGGGGAAUGGCCUGGGCUGAGAGGGACACCUUCUGCCAAGUGGGGUGUGGUGACUCCUGUCCAAGAUGUGGUCUUGGUGACAAAAGUCCUGAAGCUGUGAGGCUGUGCGGGCUCCUCGUGGACCGAGGAGGUGUGUUUGCCCGCUGUCACAGCAAGGUGGCUCCAGCGUUCUUUUAUCAAAGCUGCCUGCAGGACACUUGUUUAGACCAAGGAGCUCAAGAUACAAUCUGCAAUUGGCUGCAGAUCUAUGCAAGCACCUGCCAGACCCAAGGCGUCCCUGUCACGGGCUGGAAAAGUGAUACACCAUGUGUCCAGAAGUGCCCACCAAACAGCCGUUACUCCAGUUGCAUUCCAGUUUGCGCGCCCCAGUGCGCCCCCACCCGUGGCCAGAGGGACUGCAGUGGGGACUGCGUGGAGGGCUGCCAGUGUGACCCCGGCUACGUCCUCAAUGGCAAAAGCUGCAUCCUAGCUCAGAACUGCGGCUGCUACACAGAUGGCAAGUACUACGAGCCCAAACAGCUCUUCUGGAACAGUGACUGCUCUAAGCGUUGCCAGUGUAUUGGGCGCAACUUGAUUCAGUGUGACCCAAGGCGCUGCAAGGCUGAAGAAGAGUGCACCCUGCGUUACGGGGUACGGGGGUGCUUCCUUCGACGGACACAGCAUUGCGUGGCAUCGGGAGGCGGGGUGUUCCGAACGUUCGAUGGGGCGUCUCUGCGACUCCCAGCCUCCUGCUCUUUUGUUUUGUCCACCAACUGUCACAAACUUCCCGACCUGUCCUUCCAGCUCAUUGCGAACUUUGAUAAAUGGAGCACCCCCAACCUCACCACCAUCUCUCAUGUGUACCUGUACAUCAAUGAGGAGAACAUACUCAUCUCUGGCAGCACUGUCAAGGUCAAUGGUACUCCAGUGUCGGUACCGAUAGUAACCGGACUGAUGACGCGUUUAUCGACAUCUGAAGGCUUCAUUGUCAUCGACACCCAACAAGACAUUCAGGUGCGAUACAACCGCUUCAACACGCUGAGCAUCACAAUGGGCCAGCGGCUCCAGAACAAGGUGUGCGGCCUGUGUGGCAACUUCAAUGGCGACCCCAGCGAUGACUACAUAACCUCCAGAGGCAAACCAGCUGUUAGUGCCCUUGAGUUGGCCCAGAGCUGGAAGACCAACGGCAUGCAGAACAGUUGUGAUGAGACUCAGUACGUGGCUCUGGCCCAGUCCUGUGAAAACACUGCAGUUCUGGCCCUGCAGAACGAAGACGCAUGCCAAAAACUGACCCAUUUGAAGGGAUUCUUUCAACCAUGCCACGGUUUGUUGGACCCCCACCCUUUCUACCAGUCCUGCUACCUGGAUGGCUGCUACAACCACCAAAAGGCACAAGUGUGCGGUUCUCUGGCAGCUUAUGCUGAGGCCUGUCGCUCCAUGGGCACCCUAUCGACGAAAUGGAUCACCCAGGAGAACUGCUCAGAAUGGAUCUACGACCCUUGUGCUGGAGAGAUCUGCACAAACUUCACAUGUGAGCUGGAAAGUGACGGAGACCUGUGCGGCUGCCCAGAGCUGCCCACGAACACUGGAGGCGAUGAUGACAUCAUACAGGCUGAGGUGACGUGUAAGCACGCCAAGAUGGAGGUUUCCAUCUCCAAGUGUAAGCUCUUUCAGUUGGGCUUUGAGCGCGAAGAUGUCCGGGUUAAUGACGAGCAUUGUCCCGGCAUUGAGGGAGAGGACUUCAUCUCGUUCCACAUCAACAACACUAAAGGACACUGUGGCUCCAUUGUCCAGUCGAACGGCACCCACAUUAUGUACAAAAACACAGUUUGGAUAGAAAGUGUCAACAACACCGGCAACGUCAUCACAAGAGACAAAACCAUCAACGUUGAAUUCUCCUGCGCCUACGAACUGGACCUCAAGAUCUCGCUGGAGACGGUGUUGAAACCCAUGCUCAGCGUGAUCAACCUUACGCUUCCAACCCAAGAGGGGAACUUCAUCACCAAGAUGGCGCUCUAUAAGAACUCCUCAUACCGGCAUCCUUACAGGGAGGGCGAGGUGGUGCUCAGCACCAGAGACGUACUGUUUGUCGGUGUCUUUGUCGAGGGAGCGGACGAGAACCAGCUCAUCCUCAUAGUGAACAUGUGCUGGGCCACGCCUUCCCGCUACAGCAGUGAUCGACUCAGAUACAUCAUCAUAGAGAGAGGGUGCCCGAACGUUAAGGACAACACGAUUGGAAUGGCGGAAAAUGGAGUCUCACUCACUUGCCGCUUCCAUGUCACGGUCUUUAAAUUCAUCGGUGAUUACGAUGAAGUCCACCUCCACUGCGACGUGUCACUGUGCGACUCGGACACCAAUGCCUGCAAAGUGAACUGUCCACAUAAAAGGAGAAUGUACUCGGAGGACAGCAGCCAUAAGGAACACAUACUGUCAGUGGGGCCAAUAAGAAGAAGAGAGUCGGACUGGUGUGAGGAAGACAAUGGCGGCUGCGAACAGAUCUGUACAAGCCGAACCAGCGGUCCGGUCUGCAGCUGUGUAACCGGGAUGCUGCAACAAGACCGGAAAAGCUGCCGAGUUCUGAGCUCAAGUUGUUCUCCAUCACCUGUGGUUCCACUGCUGAGCUUCGUGCCUGUAGUGUCAACAAUCCUGGCUGGACAGUCCUAACACACCAGACAAUUCACAUGAAAGGACUUGAAUGUGGCUUUACUGUCUUCAGAGGCUUAGACAAUAGACUUCCUCAUUCAGAAUACAUAUGAAAUAAGCAGGUAAGCAAGUGGUUUUACGAAGUAGCAAAUUCUUCCUCAUCCCUAUUGACACAACUGGAACGUUGUGUUGUCUGAAACAUCCACCAUGUUGAGUUUAGUUUCCCCUCUUCACCACAGCCCUGAGCUCCUCCAUCUUCUUUGAUUUUAGCUUAUUUCCAUGCUCCACUGAGAUUUAACAAAACUGCAGUUAUCACUUUUUACAUACCUGAUGAAAAGACGGCGUCAUCGGGCGGCAGAAGAUCUUCCUUACGUAAGCGGAGACUCGGAAGAGAGGAAUGCAAAUGUUGGGAGCGUUCGAUGUAAAGCACUGGCUUAGAUUUCUCUGUGGUUUUGAGGUGUAUGUAUUUAUGAGCAAGGUGGGAAAACAUUUUUCCAAAUUAUUCAAAAACAGUUCUUAGGUUUCGUGUUUGUUACUGUAGCUAGAACUAAAAGAGGCUUAUAAUUUAAACAUGAAGACCAAACCACGGGAUGAAAUGAUAUUUUCAGUCGAUAAACAAUUGUAAAAUUCUCA